AAAAGAAAAAAGAAAACUCUCUUGGCGUUGGAUACUUUGAGCUGUUUCGAUUUGCCACCUGGAAAGACAAACUGAUGAUGGUGGUGGGCAGCUUGUGUGCCCUGGUCCAUGGCUCAGCUUCACCUCUCAUGCUUUUGGUUUACGGCAUGAUGACCGAUAUCUUUGUUGCUUAUGAGCGAGAAAUCCAAGAGCUCAAAGACCCAGAGAAGGUGUGCUCUAACAGCACCAUCCAUUGGUCCAACGGCUCCAUAUUUGAAACAGAUGAUAAUACCACACUUUCCUGUGGGGUGAAUAUUGAAUCAGAGAUGACCAUGUUUGCAUAUUACUACAUCGGCAUCGGAUUAGGCGUCCUGGUUCUUAGUUAUUUUCAGAUUUUCCUCUGGGUGUCAGCAGCCGCAGGACAAACUCAGAAAAUCAGAAAAACUUAUUUCAGGAAAGUUAUGCAGAUGGAGAUGGGAUGGUUUGACUGCAACUCAGUAGGGGAACUGAAUACAAGGAUUUCUGAUGAUAUAAACAAGAUCAACAAUGCUAUUGCCGAUCAGGUAUCUAUUUUCAUUGAGAGGGUCUCGACGUUUGUGUUUGGUUUCCUUGUUGGAUUCAUCGGCGGUUGGAAGCUUACCUUGGUUGUCAUAGCAGUCAGCCCUCUGAUUGGCAUAGCUGCUGGACUUAUGGCCAUGGCUGUGGCCCGACUAACAGGACGCGAGCUUAAGGCCUAUGCAAAAGCAGGAGCAGUGGCAGAUGAGGUCCUGUCAUCCAUCCGGACGGUUGCUGCUUUUGGAGGCGAGGAAAAGGAAGCAGAAAGGUAUGACAGAAACCUUGUCGAAGCUCAGAACUGGGGAGUUAAGAAGGGCUCAAUCAUAGGAGUGUUUCAAGGAUACCUGUGGUGCAUCAUCUUCCUGUGUUACGCCUUGGCUUUUUGGUACGGCUCUAAACUGGUCAUUGACACCAAAGAGCUGACACCGGGGAGCCUUAUUCAGGUUUUUUUUGGAGUGCUGAUGGCAGCUAUGAACCUCGGCCAGGCCUCACCGUGUCUGGAGGCCUUCGCUUCUGGUCGAGCAGCAGCGAAAACGAUUUUUGAAACAAUUGAUCGGGAACCGGAAAUAAAUUGUUUCUCAGAAGAAGGACAUAAAUUAGACAAAGUAAAAGGUGACAUUGAGUUUCACAAUGUCAGCUUCUUCUAUCCAUCUCGACCUGACGUUAAGAUUUUACAUAACCUGAGCAUUCAGGUUAAAGCAGGUGAAACGACUGCUUUUGUUGGACCGAGCGGAUCUGGGAAAAGCACCACAAUCCAACUCAUUCAAAGAUUUUAUGAUCCAAAGGAAGGAACGGUGACUCUGGAUGGCCAUGACAUCCGCUCAUUAAACAUCCAGUGGCUCCGCUCGCUCAUUGGCAUUGUGGAGCAGGAACCAGUGCUGUUUGCUACAACUAUUGCGGAAAAUAUACGUUAUGGUCGGCCGGGAGUAACCAUGGAGGAAAUCAUCCAAGCAGCAAAAGAAGCCAACGCUUAUAACUUUAUUAUGACUCUCCCGCAGACGUUUGACACUCUGGUGGGUGAAGGUGGAGGCCAGAUGAGUGGAGGACAGAAGCAAAGGAUUGCAAUUGCUCGAGCUCUUAUCAGAAACCCUAAAAUCCUGCUGCUGGACAUGGCCACAUCAGCCUUGGAUAACGAGAGCGAAGCUGUAGUCCAAGAAGCUCUAGAUAAUGUACGAACAGGAAGGACAACGAUCUCCAUAGCCCAUCGUCUUUCCACAAUCAGAAAUGCAGAUGUGAUCGUUGGAUUUGAGCAUGGACAAGCUGUGGAGAGAGGAACACACAGCGACUUACUGGAAAAACAAGGCGUCUACUUCACUCUUGUGACCCUGCAGAACCAAGGUUCAUCCAACCCAGCUAGUGAUGUGAUCAAUGAGUCGACUGAUGAUGGAUACGAAAACAUAGUGGAGACUUUUAGACGUGGAAGUUACAGAUCCAGCAAAAGGAGCUCUGUACGUCUGCGAUCUCAGAGCACACUAUCAAAUGACUUUGUCCCGGAUGCAGUGUCAGGAAGCCUCAGGAUCCCUAUGGACCUUCAGGUCACACCAGAAAAUACACCUGAGGAUGGCCCUGAAGAAAGCGAGGAGUCAGCUCCAGUUGCACGCAUCCUGAAGUACAACCGACCAGAGUGGCCGUACAUGCUUCUGGGAUCAGUGGGAGCAGCAAUCAAUGGUGCUGUUAACCCUGUCUAUGCAGUCCUGUUCAGCCAGAUUCUCGGGACUUUUGCCAUUCAGGACUUGGACAAGCAGCGCAAAGACAUUAAUGGCAUCUGUGUGCUGUUUUGCAUUGUGGCUGUGAUAAGUUUCUUCUCACAAUUUCUGCAGGGAUAUUCUUUUGCUAAGUCUGGAGAACUACUAACCCGCCGUCUGAGGAAAGUGGGCUUUCAGGCCAUGCUAAAACAAGAAGUUGGCUGGUUUGAUGAUCCAACAAACAGUCCUGGAGCCUUGACCACCAGGCUGGCCACAGAUGCAUCCAUGGUUCAGGGGGCAACAGGUUCUCAGAUUGGAAUGAUUGUAAACUCACUGACCAACAUUGGAGCUUCGUUCAUCAUUGCCUUCUACUUCAGCUGGAAGUUAACGUUGGUAAUCUUGUGCUUCCUGCCUCUUAUUGGGCUAUCUGGUGUAUUCCAAGCCAAAAUGCUGACAGGCUUUGCAAACGAAGACAAAAAAUCUAUGGAAGCAGCAGGACGGGUGUCCAGCGAGGCUCUUGGCAACAUCAGGACUGUUGCGGGUUUAGCCAAAGAGCGCUCAUUUGUGGAAAUAUAUGAACAAAAACUUGAGCUUCCAUAUAAAUCUGCCAAGAAGAGAGCCAACGUCUAUGGACUCUGUUUCGGUUUUGCCCAGUGUGUCAUCUUCAUGGCAUAUGCUGCUUCUUUUAGAUAUGGAGGCUACCUGGUGAGAGCCGAAGGGUUACCAUACAUGCUGGUGUUUAGGGUGAUUUCAGCUGUGGUGAUCAGUGGGACGGCACUGGGCAGAGCUUCCUCCUUCACUCCAGAUUACGCCAAAGCCAAAAUCGCCGCUGCUCAGUUCUUUAAACUGCUGGACAGGAUUCCAAAAAUCAGCAUCAGUCAUACAGAUGGAGAGAAAUGGGAGAUGUUCAAAGGAGAGAUCCAGUUUUGUAAUUGCAAGUUUACGUAUCCGACAAGACCGGACAUUCAAGUGCUGAGCGGCUUGGUUGUUUCUGUGAAGCCUGGUCAGACUUUGGCUUUUGUUGGGAGCAGCGGCUGUGGGAAAAGCACCAGCGUUCAAUUACUGGAAAGGUUCUAUGAUCCAGAUGAGGGACAAGUGCUGAUUGAUGGUCACCCGUCCCAUAACGUCAACGUGCCCUUCCUGAGGUCACAGAUUGGGAUUGUAUCACAGGAACCAGUUCUAUUUGACUGCAGCAUAGCGGAGAACAUCCAGUAUGGAGAUAACACUCGGACCAUUAGCAUGGAGGAGGUUGUGGAGGCUGCAAAGAAGGCCCAUCUUCAUGACUUUGUUAUGUCUCUACCAGAUAAAUAUGAGACUCAGGUGGGUGCCCAAGGCUCACAGCUGUCAAGGGGACAGAAGCAACGCAUUGCCAUCGCCAGAGCAAUUGUCCGUAAUCCCAAGAUCUUGCUGCUAGAUGAGGCUACUUCUGCUCUGGACACUGAAAGCGAACAGACUGUUCAGACUGCUCUGGAUGAGGCAAGAAAAGGGCGAACCUGCAUCGUCAUCGCUCACCGGCUCUCCACCAUCCAGACUGCAGACAUUAUAGCAGUAAUGUCAGCAGGAGUAGUUAUUGAACAAGGCACACAUGAUAAACUCAUGGCCAAAAAGGGUGCUUAUUAUAAAUUGGUCACAACAGGAGCUCCGAUCAGCUAA